AUGUACGCCUCGGUCAUCAUUUACACUCUCGUCGCCCUCAGCGGUGUCAUGUCGUCUCCGGUUCAAGAAGAGGUUGCGCCCCGGGCCAUUGAGCCUCGCAUGCCUACUUUCGCCGACAUCCCGUUUCCGAGAUUCCCGAGCCACAACAAGCACCAAAAGGACAAAGGCAAAGGCAGUAAUAAAAAUGAGGCCAGUGGCUGCAGCCCAGACACAAACACUCAGUUGAACGCCUGUUCUGCUGGCAACCCAUACUGCUGCAGCAGUGAUGGUAACGGUGGCCAUGUCUGUGCCAACACUACUGCAUGCGACCAAAAGGUCAUUUGCUGCAACAACAACAACGGCUUCCAAAUCUGCAUCGGCGAAAUCGACUUUAACAUGCCAGUCACCAUCAACAUCUAUGAGUAA